AUGAAGCCAGCAGAAAUCAGAUUCUCUCUACAGAGACCUCUACAGCACAGAGAUCCAGACAUGGCACCUACAAUCACUGCAGCAAUGACCAAUUCUCAGGAGCAUCUGACUCUGACCCACAAGCUCAGAAAGCCUCUGGUGGAGAAGUUACGCAGAGAGCGAAUCAACAGCAGCAUUGAGCAGCUCAAGUCUCUCCUGAGUCCAGAGUUCCUCAAACAGCAGCCAGACUCCAAGCUGGAGAAAGCAGACAUCCUGGAGAUGACAGUUUGUGUCCUGAGACGGCUGCAGCAGCAGAAUCAACCUGUGGACUCAGCAGCUGUCGGUCUGGGCUAUUCCAGAUGUGUCCAAGAGGUGACACACUUCCUGUCCAACGAGCAGGUGAAGACCCAGUCCCAGAGAAGACUGCUGAACCACAUCAACAAGCUGCAGUCUUCCUCUGAUAACAACCUGAGAGAGGCUGACUUCUCUCUUCUGAGCUCCACAGUCCAGACCAGCAUCACCAAAGAGAAGAGUCCAGUCAACAGCGCCGUCUGGAGGCCGUGGUAGACACCUACAGACUGGAGUUACUACCAGACAAACUGAGAUGACCAUAUUGGUCAAAAGUUAUUAUCAGAUAUAUUAUUCUGAAAUAAUACAGGUGUCUGUGCAAAGUGUUUUAAUUCAUCUAAAGGUCAUAUUGGACUGACAUUUCCAUGUACUUUUGGGAAUAUGUUUUCAAAGAAAAUGAAAUCUUAUAUUUGUGAAAAUAUUGAAUAGGUCAAAAUGUUUAUUCUAUGAAUGCCAUAUAUUCUGUUAUUGAUUUAUCAAUAUAAUUAAAUGUUUGGCCAAUAUUGGCCAGCAUUAUCAAGCCUGCAUCAAGAUUGAUGCAGUGAUAGGAAUUGGCAAAUCUCAGCUACUUUCUGGUAGCACUUUUUCUUCCUUUUGGAUGUGCUUGAUUAAGUUUUUACUUUGUAAAAGAUUAUUGACCCAUGUUGGGUCUGAAGUCAUCUGUUCUGUCAUCAACAUUUUCUGUU